CUCAUCUGUAAUCUCAUUGUGUGUGUGCACUAGCGUAGUUAAGGGGACGGUAGGGGCGGCACUUUUCAUCUUGUUGUAGGCUAUUGCUGUAGGCAUUAUGUGUUUUUUGUGGGGGUUCAGGGGCGGCAGACGGAAGGGCUGCCCGGGGUGGCACACACUCUAGUGUGUGUAUGGAACUUAGUCUAACUGUGAUUGAAUGCGUAUCGUUUUCGUUAGUUCACUCACUGCGUGUAUACAUGUGUUUUCUCUCUCUCUCUCUCUCUUUUUCCCAUCACCGCUUAUGAAAUCUGGCUGACGUUCUUUUCAUUGUCUGGCCGUUGCCACCUCUCUCUGACACUUGUUACUACUUCCCUUUUUCUUCUCUCUCUCUUUUACAUACACACAUGUACACACACUAAAUCCCAUUUAUAUUUACUUGUACACUCGUUGACGUUUCUUAUCGCGCUGACGACGGAUUCUCUUCAAAACGUUACGCUUCCCUACUUCUCUGCGGCCCAAAAAUUCUUUUUAAAUCUAUAUGUAUAAUUUUUUAACAACACUGAACAUCUCUAGUUCCCUCGGAUUCUACUGUUUUACUACACAUUUGUUAUUGCCAUAUUCAUAACUAUGGAAGUUGAUAUUGCGAGUGCGAAAACUGGGAAAUGUAUUGUUUCCUUCAGUAACCUCAAACCUCUGUCGACAGUGAAAGAUGUUAAAAAGGAAUAUAAGAAAUUCAGUCCGAAAUUGGCAUUUGAAAGACAAUCAUUUCGUAAAGAAGCGCGAGGCAGGCUUCUUAGAGAUGACGAAACACUAGCAAGUUUGGGAUUCAACAAAAAAGCUGUCCUUUACUUCAAAGACCUUGGCCCUCAAAUAGGAUGGACCACAGUAUUUCUCGCAGAAUAUGCUGGACCUCUUUUUAUUUAUGCAUUCUUUUAUAUUCGUCCUAGUUUUAUUUAUGGACAGAAUGCUUUGAACGAACCUCGUGCCUUCGUAGUGGAUCUCGCUGCCGGUUGUUGGUGCUUUCAUUAUGGCAAAAGACUACUGGAGACCCUGUUUGUACACCGAUUUUCUCAUGCAACCAUGCCUAUUCGCAAUAUUUUCAAGAAUUGUGGGUACUACUGGGGCUUCUCGGCUUACAUUGCUUAUUAUAUGAAUCAUCCUCUGUACACUUCACCUGGCUUCGGUAACAAACAAAUAUAUGCAGGUCUCGCACUUUUCCUCCUCUCAGAAAUCGGUAAUUUUUCUAUUCAUAUUGCACUACGCAACCUCCGGCCCCGCAAUUCUACGCGACGGUUGAUACCUUAUCCGGGCCUGAACCCUUUCACUUGGCUCUUUCAUCUCGUUAGCUGCCCAAACUACACCUACGAGGUGUUUGCUUGGAUCGGUUUUACAGCGAUGACACAGUGUUUUCCUGUUGGACUCUUUACUCUGGCAGGUUUCUAUCAGAUGACUGUAUGGUCUUUCAACAAACUUGUAAAUUACAAAAGAGAAUUUAGUGAUUUUCCUCGAAACCGUACUGCCAUUAUCCCUUUUAUUUUAUAAUCCAUUUAUGUAUCUUUAUAUUGUCCUUCACGGGCUCAAUAAUAUUUCCACCUAUAUUUCUAAUCUAUACAUGUUUCAUUUUAUACUUGUUUUGCUUUACCGUUGACUAUUUAUUUAAUUGUUCGGCGAUCCUAAUGAUAGUUAUUUCGUUUUUAUUACUUUUUUCCCAAAAUUUUAAUUUAAGCUCAUAAAAAUAACAUGAAACAAAAUUAUGACAAUAUUAAACAUACAUAAAGAAUUACAAAAAUGCAGAGGGUACUUGUAGAUAUUUGCUAUUCCAUUCAUUUUCUCUCCACGUAGUUCCUUCAUUAUUGAUGGGUAAAGUAGUUGAAUUGUUCCACAACCAUCUUACAGAGAGAUUCAAAGGACUGUGAAUAAAUAUUAUUAUUAUUGUCAACAAAAUUUCCGUCAUGUAUGUAAAUUCCAUCACCUGCAGGUUGGUCUGUUUGGACAUAAGCAGCCCAUAGAUCGGACAUUAUUCGAUUCCGGUAGAAUGUUUUGUUGUCUGAGUGACUCUUAAGCGGCCCUGAAAAAAAAAAUCCACCGCUUUACCAAAUGCCCUCUAAAGCGAACUAUUCUACCAACAUAUUCGUAGUUUUAGUUCUAACUCCACCAAUUCCUUUGAAAUUAUUAUCAACCCAUUCACAAUAAAUGUCUUUAUGACAGCAACAUCUGUCUUUCACUUUCAAUAUCAACAUGUUAAUUUUGUGUUGUAUUUCUGUUACGAAGCAUACUGGCAUGAAAUUUUAUUGAAUCGGACCGUCAAAUAAUAUUUUUGAAAAUUGUACAUUCAGACUAUUAGUUCUGUAAUGUCUACUAAUUCACUUGUGUAUGUGUUGUUAAGGGCGUUUAGGAAAAUCAUAUCCCAUAACCUACAUUCCACCUCAUUUGCUACAAAACAGCAGUUUAUUGAAUACUAUGAAAAUAAGUAUGUUUAAAAGAAGCUGAAAUAAUGUGGCGAAGAUCAAAUGUAAUUUCUUAUUCUUUUGGGUGGAUUUGAGAAAUCAUUUUCAAAACAAAUGCCUGAAACUAAGGAGAAACUAACAUUAAAAAAAAAAAAACUUGUAAAACGCAACAAAGAACUAGCUGGAAUAUUGUUUAUCAAGAUCACGGACAAUGUUUACUUUCCGUGAGUAUGAGUUUCAGAUCAUUUUCCCACUGAAACACUGAACAUUUGGCUAUAGUUAUUAUAUACGCAUAAAACCGACUUUUGGGAUUAUGUAAACAUUUGUUGUUUCACAGUGUUUAUCUCUGAUAUUUUGUAUAUUCGUUUGAUGAAUUAAAAAGAAAUAAUUUAUAACCCA